UACAGACGCGCGAUGCUUGGAGGUCACUACGAGCAAAGAGAGAACGUCAAGAGGAAGCGCGACUAGAAGCCCUCAGACAGCGAGCAGAUGAAGAGGAGGCUCAGCGACAAGAAUCUGAGAUACAGCAACAGGAAGCAAUGCACGCAAAUAUUCCGAGACAGAAAGACGUUGAAUUCAAUAACCCUUUGGCUCCAAAGUGGCCGAAGGGAAACACGACGCAACAAACAAAAUCUACGUCUAUAGAAGGCACCAAUGAAAGACCCAAGACCAAGGAGAAGAUAGAGAAGAACGCUAGAGAGCAGCAAUUUGAGGAGGGAAUGAGAAAGCGUCUUGCUAAAUUCGGCUUUCAAGAGAACCAGAUUGAAGGCAUGGUCAAUCCGAAAGACGAACUCGAGCAGGGAAAGUCCUCGGCUAAGCCCUUGCCUUGGAUACCGACACAGGAGCCUACGUAUGUAAAAGUGCACAAGGACCAUUUGGCCAUUGAUACUCUGAUAUACUACAACAUCCCAUAUGAGAUAGACCGCUCUGACCCUAAUUACAUCAUCAUCCUUAGCGAGAUGGGUCCACGCGAAACCGAAAUUUUAUUUGAGCAUACGCGCCGUCUGCGGAACCGUGGAGCCAGUCUUCUUUUAGAGAACCGUAAUGCGGAUAAGAGACCAGAGCAUGCAUGGGUGGGGAGACGUACGCGACGAAACUCGCUACCUUCUUUGCACAAAAAUUCUGACAAUAUCCCUCCUAUGGUUCGCGAAUUCUCUCCUGCCCAAGACGAUUUCGAGGCGAAACCAAAAGCUUCUCGCAAGUUCACUGCGGGCGCUCGCGUGGAGACGGCAAAAUCCUACGGGGAGGCAACAGAUGCUGACAGGCGGCAAAAUGAGUAAAUUUCAUUGGUAUCUAAUGCCCCAUCUAGAUCAAGCUAAAGAAGCUGGUAAUAUCCAGUAUUUUAUCCAGGAUUAGAGGCAUUAUAAGUAACGUAUUUCACAAGCG